GAUUGACUAUUGUAACCAAAUAAUUCCCUAACUCUUCGGGAAUUAUGGAUCCUAUUUCUAAAAGUCUUUAUCCAAUCAAUGAUGAAAAUAACAGCAGUACAGAAAAUUGGAGUCAAGAUCCAGAUUUAACAGAUCAGAAUCAAGUCCCCUUAUCUACAACUGUAAUUCAGUCUGUUUCAGAUGAUGAUAACCAACCUGUUGUUGAACAACCGUUUAAAAAGCCAAAAUUGAUUAAUUUGAACAAUGUAGAUUCAUCACAAACUAAACGAGGUGCAUCUAAUUUAUCUAAUAUUAUUUCAGUCAUUGAUCAUUCAUCUGUUCCUUCGUCAUCUACUCAUGUAUCAGAAACUGUAACAAAUCAAUGUGAAGUUGAAAUUUUAACUAAUACUAAUUUGUUAGAUGAUGAAGAAACAGUUGAAGAUGAUGAUGAUGAAGAAGAGGUGGAAGAAGAUGAUGAUGAAGAGGAAGAAGAGGACGAUGAAGAUGACAGCGCUACUGUACUUGGUGAUGCAGAUACUGAAUCUGUUGUCAGUGAAAUUCUAUCAUCUGCACUACUACAAGAAAAAGAAGCAAGAAAAAUAGAAGAUCGUAAAUUACUGGCUUUAUUGGCACAUUUUGAUGAGGAGCAGUUAAAUCGAUUCGAAACAUUUCGAAGAGCUACAUUUACUAAAGCUGUAGUAAGACGACUAAUACAAUCUGUAGCUCCAUGUUCAGUUUCACAAAAUGUAGUUAUCGCUAUGGCUGGCUUAACAAAAGUUUUUAUUGGAGAAUUAGUUGAAGAAGCAUUAAAUUACAAAGAAAAAUUAGGUGAAAAUGGACCGUUAAAACCAAAGCAUAUCAGAGAGGCUUAUCGUAUAUUGUCAGAUGAACGACGAUGCUGUACAGAAACACCAGAAAAUCCUCUUUUAUAACAUGUUUGUAUAUGUGCUUUAAAGUGUUUUGAUCUUUAUCAAUGUGUUAAUGUAUUUUAAUUUCUUCCAUAAAUAAAAAAUGAACACUUGUAA